CGACUCCAGCUGCCGGAACCCACCACCAUCCACGCGCAGUCGACGUUAGUUCUUCGUUUUCACCCACCUGCUUGCUUUCCCCCUUUUCAUUUCAUUUCAUUAGUUAGUUUCGCUUUCCCCUUUUUCCCUCUGUCAAAUCCGCCAUUCAAUUCUUUCUCGUUAUCCCACCUCCGAUUCAGUUUCUCUUCUGUUCAGAGCAAAAAAAAAUAUAUAACCAUGGCGGCCGCAACAGAAAUCAUCACGAGCCAUAACAGAAACGAGCCCGGCUUUCUGGUAGCUACCACCAUAUCCCACCCUUUACCCUCUUUAAUAUCACCUCCCAUCUCUUUGUUCACCUUCAUCUUGUGAUCUCAUCACUUCCCCUCAUUUCCCCCCCAAUUUGAUCUCCUAACCAGAACAGCCAUGCCUCUGCCGUGGAAGAAGCCCAAGGUUUCCGCGAUCUCACGGAUCGUAGCAGAUCUUCCAUCGCCUAAACACGGCCACUCCCUAGUCGUCCAGACCGGUUUCCCCACAUCCCUUGUAGAUCUCUUCUGGAAGAAUCACGACCGGAUUAAGAAGCCCUACUCCAAAUUGAAGAAGAAGCACCACCAUAACCAGAACCAAUUACAGGCCGACGAGAUCGCGAUCAACAAUCCUGCUGCCCACGAGGAUCAAUUGGUGAACGAGCCUGAAACCCAUUUGUGUGAUUUCUUCGAAAGUGAUGAAUUCAGCGGCUCCUCCGUGGUUGAUGAAAUACAGCAGGAGGCUGAAUUUCCUGCGGCUGGGGAAACACAGAGCUGCCACAAGGACAAACACAAAAGAAAGAUGAUGAAGAAGCUGGUGCCCAAGCAGUUGCGCCAUAGAAAGAAGGGGAAACAUAUUGAAUUACUGCAAGAGGACGUGGUGGAUGAGAUUCAGCCUGAUGAAAUUGUUGUGACAGAGUUUAGUGGACGAAGAGAGGGAAGCAAAUUGAAGAGAAGUGGCGGCGAGCCGUUUGGUCAUCAUCGUAAAGGCAAGUUGUUGAUAUUGGAUGUGCUGACUGAACAAGUGAACGAAGAAUGUGAAGUUGGAAUGGAUCAGAGAGUACAUGAUGGAAAGGAGGGAAAAGGGUUAGAUAGUGAACUAUUGGAAGAAGGUAAAUCAGAAACCUUGGUUACGAUUGAGGAACAGAGAGAGAUAAAAAAGAAGAGUAAAUUGAGCUGGUUGGUAAUUCUUCUUGCUGUUCUGGUUGGACUAGCCGGCGGACGAAUUCUGGCGCUUCUGCUGGCGGUGGCUUCGUGUUUGAUGUUGAAGUUGGUCGUUGGAAGACGAAAGAAUCGUGUAAAUGAUAAGGCAUUGAAGGAUUCUUCUGCCUCCUUCUCCAAAUAGGGUCUUCAUUUUUGUGUGAUGAUUUUCCAGUUGUGUUCUUUUUUUUUAACCUUCUGGGCAUCGAUUCCAAUUGGACAUGUUGGAUUCUGAACUGUGGAUCAAUUGAACAUACAUUUACUUGAAUCUUGAUGUUACAGUUCUUUUCCCUGCCAAUUUUACUGUUGUUCUAAACUUAACUUGUCAUCCAUCAGUCACACUCUCAACCUUCUCAAAACCAUAGGAGAAAUAAAUAGUAGGAUGCGAU